AUGGAUGUUCAGUAUCUCAACCCGGCAGUUGCCUCAAGUAUUUACAAGAGGCUGGGAGUGGACAUCUUGACCACACCCACCACUUUCGGGGGAAUUGAGGAGGUUGAGCCACCAAGAAAGUGUUAUAUUCAAGCUGCCAAUCAAGCAGUAUUUCAAAACACAGGACCCACUCGUAGAGCUGGCAGAGUGGUGCCAAAUGGGGUGACAAAACCUCUGUUGAGCAAUGAACAAAUUCAAAAAUUCAUAACCUCAACAGUUCUUCCUAAUGGUCGCCCAGUCUCCAGCACUGAGGAAGUCAACCCUAAUGUCACCAGGUGUACUGUGUAUCCUUCUCAACCAAGGACAAGGAUACAACAACAGACUGAUCCCACACAUGUACAGCCUCAAGUGACCUUAAAUGAACUAAGGUCAGGACAGACCCUACCAUGGGCAUCCAUCCGGCAGCAGGGUCAGGAUACCAUACUGCAAAUGCAAACAGAAUACAAUGAUCAGUCUACUGUACAACAGCUGGUCUUAAACAGCCAAGGAAAUAUUCAUCCCUCAGCUCAGAAUGCUUUUGCUGUCCAAGUUCUAAACCCGACUUUGACACAGGCAAAGCUACAACAGCCUAUCUCUGCAAAUGAACUUAUAUUACCUACGAAUGUUGAGGUUCAAGGCUUUAUCCCAACAUUUGUGUCAAAUGAAUGGGUUAUGGGAACAGAGCUACAAGUUCCUACCAACAGCAUCAACUAUUCAUCUACCAACCCAAACAAUCUAUGGGGAUGGUAA